AUGUCUUCCAUUGUUGGCUUGAACGAUGGUGCGGAUGAACAGAACAAGUGGGUGCGUGUGUUGAAGGAUGUGGAGGAGGUCUGUGUGAGACAGGGUGGGCGGCGAAGGAGCGAUGCUGCCGAUGUGCUUCGCAACCGCAUCAACAAUGAAAUGCCGGCCCCGGAUGCAUCUGUUCCUGGUGAACUUUUGGGUCGUGAAGGAGCCCAAGAGAGGCGAACACUUCAAAAAAUUCGGAGAAUUCAGAAGAUUGCCCGUGGCACGGCUGAAAAUGAGCGGAAUGUGGAAUCAGCUAUGUUCCAAGUCAAACCUUCCAAGUUGGUUGUUCCGACCAGAGACGAACCGCUGUCGAUGUUUGAUCCGGCCACCUGGGGCAUGUCGUUUCCGGAUUUGUUUCCAUGGGGUGAUGGCUUGCCUUUUUUGAAGCGUGAAGCCAACAUGGAUGCAACAGAAGUGUUUCGAUAUUUGUUGCUUCGGGAAGAACUGCAUUACAGUGAGGGUGAUGCCUUGUUGCCAAGAUGGUCGCUUUCAGAGACGUUGCUUCCAGUGAUGUACGACGUGCAGCGUCGAUUACAGUUGAUGCGUGCGACGAAAGCGCAUGUGAUGCGUCGUGGCUUUGGCAAACAUUGUCGUGUUAUUUCUGAAGUCAACACGGACCAAUUGCUCAAGGCAAUGGCAUUGCAUGGAGACAAUGCGGACCUCAGGGAGUUGCUGCGAGAUCCGCAGGUGGAUGUGGCCUUGAAGCGAGCAUUGGGAGGAGUGCUUCAGGCAACUUCGAGCAUCAUUGGCAUGGAAGGGCACCGCAGCCAGAUCCGGUUGCGUGGACAUGCGGCUGGGUGGCAUUAUGGUUCUGCGCAUCUGUUCGUCACGCCCAACAUCGCAGAUAUGCGCUCGUCCUUGCUACUUCAAUUGCACCUGCAGAAUGUCAAAGUGGAAGAGUGCAAAAUUGAUUUGGACUGGGAGGCGGAGAUGCCCGAAUUGCCCAGCGCAGCUGCUAUGCGACGGAUUGUCGCGAGCGAUCCCGUCGCUCAAGCGCGUUGCUUUGCCUUGAUGAUGGAUUUGUUCUGUGAGGAAGUGUUGGGCAUUCUUCCACCUUUGACCAAGGGAAGUUUUCGGGUUGGCGUGGCAGCAACCUUCGAAGAUGGCAUUGCGAGUUCCCUGCAAGGAGGUGUUUUCGGUGAUAUUGUGGCGUUGAACGGCCCGUUGGAGACUCAGGGUCGUGGUUCUUUGCACCCCCACAUGCUUAUUAUCUUGCUGGGACACGACCUGGGAGAUCGCUUGCGGAAACUGAUUCAUCGGGUGCAGCAUGGUGAGUUGGUCGUUGAGUUGCAGCGGUGGAGUCGUCGUGUUUUGGAGGCUGUGCAGCGUUUUCAGUAUGAUUCUCAAUUGGCCUUGUCGGAGCAGUUGAGCAGUCCGACACAGCCACUGCCUCUGAAUGAACGUCAGCGAUCAGAAUGUGGUCACCAGUAUGAAUCCGCGCCUUUGGUGCCUACGGAGCCGGAUGGACACGAAUUGGAAGCCUUGAAGUUGGGCGGAUCCGUGGCUGGCAAGGUUUUGACAUUGACCGGAUGCUAUGCUUCUUUGCGACCCAAGUAUCUGCGACGCAGUGAACGUUCUGCGGGAGAUGGUCUUGAGUGGAAGAAAAAAUUCUGUGAGGAUUACAGACGUUUGGUGAUCCAGAAAGCCGUGAAAGGCAAACGUGGGUGUCGCUUUGGUUGCUUUCACGUUGAAAUGAUUCUGGGCAAGGAGGACAAGCCGAAAGUGUUAUGUCGGAAAGGUUGGCCUCGAGUUGCGAAAGCAGGUUUUUCUCGGUUGCAAUAUGAGACAGUAGAUUUGAAGGAGGUUGAAGAGUUCAAAAACGAAAACCCGCAUGUGUUUCAAGCUCGGCGUGAUCACCCUUUUGAAGGGAUGUCGAACCCGGUGGCGCAAGCAGUGAUGCGAUGCAAUGUGGAUGUCAAGUACAUUGGACGCAAUUUUUCAGAAGCAGACCUUUUGAAGUUUUGUGAUGGGAGCAUAGACCAGGAGCCUGGAGUCGAAGUUCCUGCUUCUGCAUCUUCUCUGUUGGAACUGUCCGGGAGUGGAUUGCAGGAGAUGGAACUUCAACGCCCGGCGCUUGGUUCGUCUUCGGAUGCUAUAUCGGGUGCUGAUGCCUCACAUGCAGAGCAACCUGUGUCGACUGAGUUGGAUGCUUCGGAUCCGCCGCCGAAGAAGCAAUGCAUGGGUCGUGUUUUGGACACGGAGCAUAAGAAGAUGCAGACGAUGAGAAAGGCGCUUGAGCGCAUUCUGGUGGACCUUGCAAGAGAUAUGAUGAAUGUUGGUUUUUACACUGGUGAGUAUGCUGCAAAGAAGUUUGAAAUUUCGCGGAGUAUGUUACCUGAAUUGUAUGCAGGAGUGCAGCGAUUGGAAGAGGAGGAAAGGGAAAGGGCAAAGGAAGCUGCAGCGGCCUCCGAGCAGGAGCCCCUGGAGGGGGACAGGGACCCUACUAUGACAGGGCAACAGAGGCGUGCAUUGACGAUUUUGAGAAGACUUGCCUUUGGAAUGAAUCGUUGUGUGGCCAAAUCCAACGGCGAAAUGGCGUAUCAGAUGUUAUUCGAGCAGGAGCAACUGGUGACGUAUCGUGGCUACAACAUGUUCUUCCGCUAUGUGCCGUAUGCAAUCAUGCGUUGCAGACAUGAGGACAUGGAGGAGGUUUUGCAAGCUAGGCCGCAUCUCAAUGGCUCGCCCUUGGAUGUGCUUCCUGACCCCGAAGGAGAGGCACCAGUGGUGGUGGAUGAGUUUGCGGAGGUUGUUGAUGAGGGAGGUGAUGUGCCUAGAGUCCAGCAGGUGCAUGUGAACUUCAACCAGAAAGACGAUUACUUGCACAGGGGCUCUUCGGUUUUGUUGCAAUGCAUGUCUCUUUUGAUGUAUUCUCGCUUCGUUCGCAGAGUUUCGAGGAACAAAGCCGGCAAGGUGGAUGGAGUGAAGUUUUUCGACUUUGAUGAGCACUAUGCCCACUUCAGUUCCUCCGUUCAGGAAGUGAGAGCAGCAGAUGACAGUGUUGUGGUGCCUUCAGAUUUGCACCUUCCGAAGGAUGCUGAGGUGCAGAAGUACGCAGCUCACAUGUUGGGAUUAUCUUUUCCAUUCCCAACGUGUUCUGGAGAUUGCAGUUUGUCACAUCGAUGCUUUGCUUGCCACACCAUGGAAGAAGAUGCAAAGCAAGGCGUUCUUUUUGCUCGUUUUACGCUGCAUUGGAAGCACUGGAAAAGUUACAAGUCAAUGAGGAGGUGUUUGGCGGAGGAAAGAGUUUUGGCCGGUUUGUCUGCUCCGGUCAUCCGGGAUGUUGCAUCAGUGCGUUCCUAUGUUGCUGGCAUUGGUGACACCAGCAGUGCUUUUAGAUGUUUGGAGAAGCUGUUCGGUGGAGCAGAAGGAGCGGAUUGUCGCUAUCAUGACAUGCUGCGCAUCUGUGAGCGCGUUGCCUGGUUCGCAGACUUGUCCGUUCCGUUUCAUUACACUCAGUUGACAUCGCAAGAGUUCUUGGCCUAUAUUCAGACAUCGUGGUUGGAGCGUUUCCAGCAGCACUGUACUGCACGUCGUCUCAGCAGCAGUCGUCGGACAGCUGAGCGUUAUGCUUUGAUGACUGCUUUGGACAAGGAGGAGGACCUGGAAGAUGAUUCGGCACCGCCGGUUAUAGAAGGACACGAGGUCGAGGAUGAUCUGCUAUUGCAAGAAGACUUGGGCAACUUGGAACGUGCGCAGUGGCCGGUGGAUGGAGAAGCAUUGCACGAAGCUAUGUUUCGGGAAGAGGAUUGGAUGAAGGUGUUGGGCAAUCGAAAGCCAUCUGUAUUGCAGGAUGCGUUGCAGCGUUUGCGUGACUUUGUGAAUGGUUUGGGAGGUGUUCCGGAUGCGAGGAUUGAUUUGGGAAUCAAAGGCAACGCAGCCAGUGGAUUGGAGCGUAAUUGGACGUUCGCCGAAGCCCAGAGGUCUUUGAUGCUGCAGAAGCAAUAUUUGGAAUUUUGCGUUGGAG